AUGUCCACCCAACUCUGGACCGACCACGCCCGCGCCACGCAUCCAGUCGAUGCUAAGCAUGAAGCCGUCAUCAACACAAUCCAAGCAUUACUCAAUGAUGAAAUCGACCCAUCUGAAGCCGGUCAUUCAAUAGCAGCAACGUACGAACCAUAUCUCAAGUACGAGAUCAUGAAGACAUCGAGUUAUUACAAGCUAGGCAUUUUCUGGUCGAUCUUCUGUCAAGCCACUCGUCAAUUUGGCGAUACGAAGGCUCGAGAACUGGCCGAUGUUGUGAUUGGACUGGCUUCUUUGCCGCCUGUCCGAGAUGAUGCUGGAAAGCUGGUCAGGCACCAGGGUGGAGGAGUGUACUGGACUGAUCUGCCUGAGUUUGGGGCCAUGUUUAGGGAUUACGGUAAUUACAUCGACGACGAAGGCGAUGACGACUGGGACGACGUUGGUGAAGAGUGGUUGAAACAGGCCCCUGCUUAUCUGAAUGCGACGACUUUCCUGGCUACGCUAUUCGCACGCUCAAGCCGCGACGUGGGAGGGACAUUCAAUGGUUCGGCUGCGUUAAAGGAUGCUCUCGAGAACGAUGAGGUUCCAAGGAGACAGAAAUGCGUUACUAUGUACCUUGAACCUGCGGCAGUGUGGAUGAGUAUUGCAGGUGAGAAGCUCUACUGUCACUGCGCUGGACGCUCGGGAGCUGCGAGUGCUGCGGCUGGCGUUUUGUGGAAGGGAGGUCAUGCUCUGUCGUUUGAGCGGUGGUCGUUUUGGAGAGAGCGGUUUGAGACUUUGUCAGAGGCUGCGAUUGGUGAGAGGUAUCGUGCUGUUGCAGUAGGAGCAGUAACCCGGAUGAAGGAGAUUGAAGUCAGUAAUUCAGGUUAG